UCACCAAGAAUGGGAAGGAUUUGGAAGAGAGGAGAGAUGUUUAUCAGCAACUUCUGGAGAGCUUUUCCAAAUAGAUGGUUUUCCCUGGACAGAUCCCUCAAGUGACUGACAGCAACCAGAAUGGCAGAUUCCAACUACAGCCUCUCAGAGGGCUUCAUUCUGAUGGGCGUAUCUGACCAUCCUCAGCUGGAGAUCAUCUUUUUCAUAGUCAUUCUCUUCUCUUACUUGCUGACCUUGCUUGGGAACUCAACCAUUAUCCUACUUUCCUGCCUGGAUGCCCGGCUCCACACCCCCAUGUACUUCUUCCUCAGCAACCUCUCAUCCCUAGACCUUGCUUUUACUACUAGCUCGGUCCCCCAAAUGCUGAUCAACUUAUGGGGACCAGACAAGACCAUAAGCUAUGGAGGCUGUGUGACACAGCUCUACGUUUUCCUCUGGCUGGGGGCUACCGAGUGCAUUCUGCUUGUGGUGAUGGCAUGGGACCGCUAUGUGGCAGUUUGCCGGCCUCUGCACUACACCACCGUGAUGAACCCUCGGCUGUGCUGGCUGUUGGCUGCCAUUGCAUGGUUGGGUGGCUUGAGCAACUCUGUGAUCCAGUCGACGUUCACUCUGCAGCUCCCAUUAUGUGGGCACCAGAAGGUGGACAGCUUCCUGUGUGAGGUGCCUGCCAUGAUCAAACUGGCCUGUGGAGACACGAGUCUUAAUGAGGCUGUGCUCAAUGGUGUCUGCACCUUCUUCACUGCUGUCCCUCUGAGCGUCAUCCUGAUCUCCUACUGCUAUAUAGCUCGAGCAGUGCUGAAGAUCCGCUCGGUGGAGGGACAGAGAAAGGCCUUUAAUACAUGCCUCUCCCACCUGGUGGUGGUGUUACUCUUCUAUGGCUCAGCUAUCUAUGGCUAUCUCCUUCCGGCUAAGACCAGCAGCCAGGAUCAGGGCAAAUUCAUUUCCCUCUUCUACUCUGUGGUCACACCAAUGGUGAAUCCUCUCAUCUACACUCUAAGAAACAAGGAGGUAAAGGGAGCACUAAGGAGGCUCCUGGCAGAACUGUGGAUCCUGUGUGGAAGUCCACGGUGACACAGGACUGUGGGUCACAGGCGCGCCUAGGAAGAGAGCUGGGCACACGUACUCGGAUUCCUCUCCCUGCUGUGGUUCUUGAGAUCCGCUUGUAAGUCUCCUGCCGAGCCCGGGACUCGCUCACAGAAGCCUCCACAAGCCGAUAGAUGCUUCGGGAGAGACUCACACUAGGGGACUGAUGUGUUGGCUUUCCUAUGCCCUCAUAACCUGUGUCCCUUUUUGGAGUGUGAGUGUGUCUUCUCUGUGUGCCCCCGAUGGGGGAGUGAGGACAGGGUUCUUGGGGAUGCUUUUCUCACACUGAGAGCACUUGUAGGGCUUUUCCCCAGUGUGAGUCUUUUGGUGGGCAUGGAUGUGGGAGCUUUUCCCACAUGCGCACAGG